CUGACUUUGCACUGCCUGCAUGGAAAAAAGGCAGAUCGAAUCAAACAAAGAGAAGGGGAUAAACCAAAACCCCAAACGUCUCAAUCCGUCCCAAAUAAGCGCGCCGUUACCGCUAUAUAUGUUCCUCCACCGCCAACGUAGCCUUCGCCGUCGGCAUUAGCUUGGAAGCCAAUAUCCCAGCCCAUAUCCAACGAUGCAGAACCUCACGCCGUCCGCGGCGGCCGAUGAUCCAUCCGCUCGCAGAGCUUGCGACCAAUGCCGUCUACGAAAGAUUCGCUGCGAUAAGGAAUGGCCGUGUUCCAACUGCAGAACAGCAAAGCGUACCUGCACGUCCACUGGUGCUGGACAACGACCAAAGGAGCCUCGGCAACGAGUCCUUAUAUCAUCUCAAUAUGAAAGGAAGAUUGACCAGAUCGAAGCUCGCCUCGGCAAUAUCGAAGUCCUCCUCAAGAACAUUUCAAAUUCUACAGCCACAGAUGCCUCCAAACUAAUCCACACGCCGGCAACAACAGACCUCAACAUCCAAACCACCUCAUCAAACGCCGACUAUGACAGCGCCAGUGAAGAGUCUGUCCUCGGCGGCGACUCAGGGCUAACCGUGCACACCACCUUCGCCAGCGAGUUCCUCGAGCGUGCCGUCAAGAGAGCGCCUCUACGAGCUCUAAACCCAAAGAUGGAGACUGCGCUCGCCAAUCUCAGCCAGCUGGUCGACAUGCAAAAGAAGCGCUCUAUAAGCCACGGGCCUCGCUUCCCUUUGCAACAGCCCGUUCCUCCAGGGGGCGUGACCAAGAUGGCGAUGCCGCCGGUGGGUACAGUAGUUUCUCUACUGAAGCAUGUCAAGACCGCACCUCCUACCUUCUUCACCAUCCUCUGCACUCUAGUCGGCAUAAAGGACGUUUCAGACCUCUGCAGCACCGUCUAUUUCCCUACCGAAGACUUUUCAGACGCGACCUUUGCUGUGGUCAAUGCCAUGCUGUACAACCUAUUUGUAGAGCAACACUCGCUGGCGAAAGAGGAAGCGGUCCGUGAAGAGUACAGCAAAUACGUCGCCAUCUGCAAGGCGAAUCUGGAGACGACACUGGCCAAUUUUCCUCUUUUCUUGUCACCAAAAAUUGAGAAUGUGCAGGCCUUACUUCUUGGGUGCCUCUAUGCAAUCGACGUCUCCAGACCUUCUGUAGCCUGGCACCUCAUCACAAUGGCCGCCUGGCUGUGCCAAGCCGGUGGCUACCAUCGAACAGAAUCCCUCAGGAAUGACCCCCCACUGGUUGCGCGGCAAAAGAAGAUUGUCUUUUGGCACGUUUACACUUUGGACAAGGGAUUGGGUCUAAGACUUGGACGAGCGUCGGUGAUAGCGGAAUGUGAUAUUGAUAUCCCACGCGAGUUUGAAGUGAAUGGCUUUGAUCAUCUAACCUCGACUACGUUUCCGACAUUAUGGGUUAAGAUAAGCAGCUUACAGAGCCGGAUUUACGAACAGCUAUACAGCCCGGUUGCCCUAGCAAGCCCCCAGGCUGACUUGGUCCAACGAGCCCGAGUCUUGGCUGCCGAAAGCAGCAAGCUGGAGAUUGAGACGGACGAGACGCGCGAAAAGGUUUUUGCGCUGCUUAAAUCGAUAGGAACUUCGGAUGUUGUCGACGUCUUUAUCAAGGGCGACGAGGUCCAAUUCUAUGUCACCAAGACGCUCAUCUAUCGAGUCAUCCCGGCCCCAGAAGGCUCCAUCUCUCGAUUUUGUGACGAGUGUCUGGAUGCGGCGCGCCAUGCCAUGAAAACACAUCAAGAAUGCGUUGUAUUCAUGGAUAUUAGCUCGUAUAUGCGCUCCAUGUAUAUCCAUUGGAACCUCCUGCUGACACCAUUUGCCCCGUUCUUCGUCUUGUUCUGCUACGUUAUCGAAACAUCUUCAUUUGCAGAUCUCAAGGUUCUUCAGGACUUUGUCGACUCCCUCGAAGCGGCGAGGGGGCUUUCAGAGCCCAUCGACAAGCUCUACCUACUUUGUAAAGUCAUGUUUGAUAUCGCUAAGCUGUAUGUGGAAGCCAAGGCCCAGCAGCAGCAGGACGAGAACUCUAUCCCCAUCGGAGACGAAUUUGAAAUGUACUUGAGCCAACUGGGCUUCAUCCCCAACGAGGACCAAGUCAUGGCCAAUGCUAGUACCAACGAUGCUGGCGCGCCAGUUCAAGGCGGUGGUCAGGUGUCGCAGCUUGCAGAUUGGUUUUUCGGCAGCCGUAACAUGAUUGGCCUUUUGGAAGAGGACCUUUCUCAGAUAGACUCUCAUAGGUGGAUGCAGCCUGAUGAGAUGUAGGGGUUCUGGCGCUGAGCGACAUUAAAAGAGACGGCGUUUUCAGGUAGCAUCAUGCUUGUGUAGUAUUUCCAAUACCCAUUAAUAGAAGACGGCAUCCG